AUGCGCAGUACAUUCUACAUCGUUCUUGUCGUCGCCGUCUUAGCUCGCUGCAGUGCCGUCGCAGCAUUCACGAAUGCCGAUGAAUCUCAGCUCUUGUCGAAGGUCUCUCCCGACUUCGCAGCCAGCGAUAUGACCAAUACUGUUUCCCGGAAGAGAUUUCUUCGAGUCGCAGGCCCGGAAGAUGAUGACUCGACGACCAAUGAAGAAGAUCAAGGUUUUGGCAGCAUCGUUGAUGUCAUCAAGAGAUCAGAUGCCACCGAAGCCAUACAGAAGUUAUCGAAAGCCUCCGUCAAAAAAGUGAAACAGGCCGGCAAUGCUGUCAAAGAUCUUACUGAAAAAGAGAAAGAGGCCUUGAAAGCCCUCAUGGCACUGAAGGAUGGCAAGUAA